AAUACGCGUGAAUUUGAAUUUUCAGAAGCAGCGGAUAAUUCGUAGAGGCGGAGGCGGUUUACGUAGAAUCGGCCGCGAGGCGGGGGGGCGGUCGAGGUGGUGGGGGCAGAGGGAGUACUGAUGUGGCCGAACAGCCUCGGCGGUACUUCCGGCUGCAGCGGGGGCGCCGGCGCCACCGAUCUCGGGGGCCUCGCCGCCUCCACCACCUCGGCCUCCGAUCUCUUCGGGCCCGCCGCGUUCGGGGCGUCCGCGGCCGGGCCCUACGGCGCCCUCAAGACCAACCCCUACGUCAGCGCCCUCGGCAUGCCGCCCAUCGAGGCCCUUCACUCGACCAUCGGAUAUCCAGGGUGUACUCCCGCCGGUGAGUCCUACUACUGUAAUCCAAGGAAGCAGCGAAGGGAACGAACGACGUUCACCCGGGCGCAAUUGGACGUUCUCGAGGGUCUGUUCUCGAAGACGAAAUACCCCGAUAUCUUUAUGCGGGAGGAAGUGGCGAUGAAGAUCAAUUUACCGGAGUCGAGAGUGCAGGUAUGGUUUAAAAAUCGCAGAGCCAAAUGCAGACAACAGCAAAAGCAACAACAGCAACAACAGGACAAAGCUCCAAGAUCUAAGAAGCCUUCGGGAAAUCCUAGCAAUAAUCCGCCCUCUGGAAAAAGUCCUUCAAUAGCUACCACACCCACGCCUGCAGCGGCUGUACCGGCUACGACACCUCUAAGCGGAGGUACGGGUGGUUCUGCUGCUAGUUCUCCGGCUCUCCUGAGGGAUUCUCCGCAAUACAAACCAGCAGGAAGUGCAACCAGUUUGCUCUUGGCUGCCAGUACAACCCCACCGAGUUUAGGAGGAACGGUGUAUAGUAGUGGUGGCAGUAGCAGUAGUAUUUGGAGUCCGGCUGUCACGGAGAGCGGUGGUGGAUUUCCUAGUGACCAUCAGAGGUUAGCAUGGACAACAACCACUUCCCAACAGCAAUGCUACCAAAAUUAUUCUUCUUAUUAUACCAACAUGGACUAUCUCUCCCCUGCCACGCAUCAAUUAAACGUUGUGGAUGGAGGAGGCAGUAGUUUGGAUAAUACAUGGAGUAAAACGAGGGACGAGAGCGCUUCAUCCUGGUUUUAUAACAGCGCCGGGUGGGGCGAUCGCAAGUGAAUAUCAAAGUCGCCAAUUGAUGGAGAUAUCAAGGCUACAUAUCAUCGACGAUAGUUAAGCGGACUUUGAAAAGUCGAUGGCAGAUUAUUACAAUGCGAAAUACGGCCAAAGACAGUCCUCUUAAUUUUAGACAUAUCGUUGUAUCGCUGGGUCUCGAUAAUUUUAUUCGUAUGACUCGAUGAAACGAGAGUGCCAUACCCAUUCUCUUCUCGAAACGAUUCGCGUAGUUAAAAUUUAUGAAAUCAAAAGUAAGAGAUUUGAUUGAAAUGGAUGGAACAAGUUAUCGCGGAGAAACGAGUUAUUCGUUUAAAAUUAGCUGUUUCUUAACCUAAUAAUUUUCUCCUUUAAUCAGAUUCAUCUUCUAAUUUUUACGUCUGUUACGAUUUACGUUACGCCUUCCCGUUCCCCUUUAUAUUAAAAUUACGUGCAAUUUCAUGAUAAUUUUGAAUCGAGAUACGAGAUAUUCCUUUCCUUUGGAUGAUUUGUAUCGUUUGUUAUUAUAUACGAGCCUAGUCAUCUCGUAAAGUAAAUAUCCAUGAAAAUAUUUUGAACGAAAGAUUAAAAUCGUAUU